UGGUGUAACCUGGAAUACAGCAUAUUGACCAGUCCCCAUGAAAGAUGACUCGUAUUUAAAAUGGCACAAGUCGCAGCUUUGCUUACUUACCUCAAGUCAAUGACGCGUAUUCAGACAUUCAGUGUUAUGGUUCUUUUAUUCUCUUUAAUUUUAAUCGUUUUCUACAUGACUGUUCAGGUGGAGACCACCCACAGUUUACGGAGUGUAAGAACACAAUUUCCCCAACAGAAGGUCAUUACCAGACAUGUUCAUUUACACAAUGUAUCAGUUUCAGCUGGCUUCAGACAGACCAUCCCUGGAAGCAGAGCUUACUGGAACCGUUUACUGUACUCAACCCUGAAUAAUCUGGACAAGGGAGGAAACCCAUUCAAUCGAAACUCUAACUGGUCUAACUGCAGGCUGACAAAUCAAGAGUUUCUGCAAACCAACGUGCAUGACUUCAGCUCCUACCCUGUCCGAUUUCGGGAUUUUCUGGAGGGGAUGAACUGCAGGACUGCCCCAAUUCUGAUUGAUCAACCCAACAAAUGUGCUUUCAGUAAAAGGAAGACAGAGAGCCACACCUUGUUGCUUUUUGCCAUCAAGUCAUCUCCCAGAAACUUUGAGCAGAGGCAGGCAGUGCGAGAGACGUGGGGCCGAGAGAUGACGUAUCCAAAUGGACUCAAAGUGCGUAUGGUGUUCCUUCUGGGGAGCUCCCCACCACAAGAUCCUGACCUGACCCCACUGCUGUCAUUUGAAGCAAAACUCUAUGGGGAUAUCCUGCAGUGGGACUUCCAUGAAACAUUUCUAAACCUGACGCUCAAAAUGAACAUGUUGCUCGACUGGACAUUGAAAAGCUGUCCUCAUGUCUCCUUUGUCUUUAGUGGGGAUGAUGAUGUAUUUGUCAACACCCCAGCACUGGUCACGUUCAUCGAGUCUCUCGAGGCUUCUAAAGUAUCUAGUUUGUAUGCUGGUCAUGUUAUAAGUGUUGGAAGUCCCGUCAGGGACUCAAAUAGCAAAUACUACAUCCCCAUGAGCUUCUACGAUGGCCCAUACCCUCCUUAUGCUGGUGGAGGUGGCUAUCUUAUCUCUGGAGCUUUGCUAGAAUCCCUCUAUUCACUUUUACACAUCAUUCCUUUCUUCCCCAUUGAUGAUGUCUACGUUGGGAUGUGUUUCAUGGCUUUAGGGAUUUCUCCUGAGGCACACUCAGGAUUUCAGACAUUUGAUAUCAGAGCAGAAGAUCGUGAGGAUCUCUGUACAUAUAAAAACCUUAUUCUGGUUCACCAGAGGUCCCCACAGGAGAUAAAAAAGUUGUGGAAGGGGAUUAACAGCCCCCUGUUGGCUUGUUGAACUGGACUGGUUAUGAAGAUGGCAAAUAGUGACUGCACUUGCAUAUUAAAGACUUGUUUCUCCACUAAUGUACUAUUCAUGGUUUUGCAGAGUUGAUUUUCUAUAGAACAUCCUGCCAGCAAAAAAAAAAAUGUAUUGUGAGCAAAAUUAAGUUGCCGUAAAGCAGCUUGAUUUUGUUACCAGACUGCGUGUCAUCAUGGAAAGACAUUUGAUUGCCCAUUCAGGCAUUAAAUCAUAUGCAGGUGAAACAAACCUGCCAUACAACUGAAAUGAAAUAAAAACAAA